UAUACCUGGAGAAAAGACCCGAGCUGCUCUUCCCCAGCGGAAGGCCACAGUCAUAUUUGUCAUUAUUCAGGACUCGUGUGUGUGCGUGUGUGUGAUUUUGCUUUUCUUUCUUUUCUUUUUUCUUUUCUUUUUUUUCUCCUCGUGAUGUAUCAAAACAACCUGACGCCUGACAUGGAUUCAGUCUCCCCCACCUGCCGGGCAGAGUCUCCUGUCGGGACACUCUGCCAGAAGACGCCAGAGGAGGCGAGCUCUCCAGCGUCCUCCACAGAGAGCAAUGCAAAGGAGGUCUGCCAAGACAUGAGCACUGAAGACACUCCAUUUGUUCCAACGGUUACAGCAAUUUCCUCUACCCCAGAUUUCCAGUGGAUGGUCCAGCCUACGAUUAUUACAUCUGUCUCCCCGUCUCUGGGUAGCAAGCAAGCCAAUGAACCGCGAAGCUCUCACCAGGCAACACCCAAAGCGGGCGGGAGUAAGGGAAAAAAUGCUGCCAGAAAGGGGAAAACAGAGCAGCUGUCUCCUGAGGAGGAGGAGAAGAAGAGGAUAAGAAGGGAGAGGAAUAAAAUGGCUGCAGCAAAGUGUCGCAACAGAAGGAGGGAGCUCACAGAUACACUGCAAGCUGAGACAGACAAGCUGGAGGAGGAAAAGGCUGCCCUGGAGACCGAAAUAGCCAACCUAAUCAAAGAGAAAGAACGGCUCGAAUUUAUUCUUGUUACACAUAAGCCGGUGUGCCAGGUGUCAGAAGAGCUUGAAUCCAUUUUCCAAGAGUCCACAGGGUCUCCAGGCCUACCGCCCAGUCCAGACGAGGACAGGCUUCCAGAGGAUGGCACGCAAGAAGCUCCAUCACUCCAAGACAUGGACGACCCCAGCGAUCCGUCCACAGCCAUCUCUGGGAACUCGAAUAUUUUGCUGUGUGCAAGUGCUGAAAUCAACAUCUGUGAUCUCGAGCCCUCCCUGGACCUUAAGGAGGGGCUACUGGACAAUAUUUUACCCACACUGGAGGAGAAGACUCCCAUGGAGACAGCUCGAUCCGUGCCAGACAUAGAUCUCAGUAGCUCUCUCGGGGUCUCGGACUGGGAGACUCUGUAUAAGUCGGUUUCCAGCGACCUGGAGCCUCUCAGCACUCCCGUGGUCACCUCCACCCCUACCUGCAGCAGCUACCUGUCUGUGUUCACAUUUGCGUGCCCUGAGCUGGACUCUCUCACAGAGGGACUAGACAGCCACAAAGGUGGAGGAAGCAAGGGCGAUUCUGUCGACAUCCUCAACUCUCCGACUCUCCUAGCCUUAUAAAAUGCAAAGAGGCGCUGAUCUGUUUGAUCUCUUUCUGGUCUCUCUGUUUGCAGGUUCCCGACGUUGAAAUGAAAUGAACAACGUAUGCUGUAAUGCUUCAAGGAACACAUUCAUGAAAAGUCUUGUACAUGACUAAGCAAACAUAUAAACUCUCUUCAGAUACAUAGUCAACAGAGUGAUGUAGCUAAAAGCAUGGCUUUUAAUUUAACCGAAAGGACUGAAGUAAGUUUUGAUUUUAAACGCAUGCUGAAAAAUUCCAAAUAAUUUUCAAAGCUCAUAUCUGAUCUGUUACUAGAUCUAAGCUGUAACGUGGAAUUUAAUGUAACAGUAUGGUUUUGUGUUUUUUGGUGUCAGUAGUGUACUGAUUGAUGUAAAUGUCUUUACAUAUCCAUCUAAGUACCUGCGUACCUCAUCAAGUGUGGUUUGACCUCAUUGUUAAAAUGUUGAAAGUUUUCCAUGAAAACAUU